AUGGACCUUCUGGUGUACUCCUGGAACACUAGACGUCUUAUUACCCAGUUUCCGGGACCAGAUGCAACAAUGAAAGAGAUUAGUGCAGCUGUUUUCAUGAGUUCGGUAACAUUUUCUGUUUUAGAUGGUUUAGAUGGAUUUCAACAUAUCCGAGUCACCAUUCCGGCUUUCAACCUAUGUUUCAUGGAAACAAUCAUUGGUAUUAACUUUGAAGAGAAGAUAACUCAGGAGACAAAUACUCAUAUCUUCCGACUCUGGAACUGCCCAAUACUGAGUGACACCAAAAAUAUUUGGCUCGAAAACGAUCCACGAGUACUUGAGUUCUUCUACAAAAUGAGCCGAGGUGAAAUUGGUCUUCCUCGUCAACUCUAA